AGCAAAAUAUUUUUUAAUAAAAGCCGAAAAUGAGCGAGGUCAUUAUAAUUCCUUCAACAGAUACUGUGAAAGUCAACGUAUCGAACUCUGUCAAUGAUGUUGUAUCAUUUGAGAAAAAAUUUAACAAGCGUUUAACGAUAGGUGAUCUUAAGACAAAGCUGGAGAUACUGACUGGUGGAAAUCCAAGCACUAUGCAACUUGAACUUUUCUCCGGCUCCAAAUUAGUUACAAAACUUGAUAACAAUGAUGCAUUGCUGGGAUCAUACAACAUUGAAGAUGGAAUGAGAAUUCAUGUUAUUGAUAAUAUAAUUUUCGAUCAAAAUGUAGAGAAAUUUGAGCUUACAAAUCAACAGUAUGAAACUCGACAAGAUUCUGUCAGAUCUUUUCUUAAGCGGAAUAAACUUGGAAAGUAUAAUGAAGAAGAAAUGAAAGAGAUUGAGAAGAAAAGAGAAGAAGCAGCUAAGAGAGAAGCUGAACGAGCUGAGAAAAUUACAGCUGGAUCACGAUGUAAAGUGAACACUGCAAAUCAACCAACACGUAUUGGAACUGUGAUGUAUAAAGGAGAACUUGAAGGUAAAAAAGGAAUGUUUGUUGGAGUAAAAUUUGAUGAGCCUUUAGGAGUUAAUGAUGGAUCCUCAAAUGGAAAACGAUAUUUUGACUGUGGACCGAAAUAUGGAAGUUUUGUUCCACCAUCUGCUGUCGAAGUCGGCGAUUUUCCUGAAGAAGAUUUUCUUGAUGAAAUUUAAAGUUUUUAAAAUUAUAUAUCAUUCGAAUUUGAACAUCAUUCACCAGUCACACAAAUCCUGUUUCCUCACGCUUUUCAAUAAAAAAAAUCAAAUAAUUAAAAUAUAUAUGUAUACCUACCUAUUUAACGUAAGUUUUGAAGAAUUAUGAUAUCAUUUAUAAACAAGACCGCAGUCUGACUUAACCUUUAAACCAAAAUAUUGUUGAAGAAAUUUCGAAAGAAAAUUUUAGAAACAAAUUGCUGAAUUUAGCAUAGAGAAAAGGUAAAAUUUUAGAAAUGGCAUCGGGAAAACGCGCUGCUGGAACGGAAUUGAACCAUGAUAAUUGGAAUGACGAAGAAAUUAGUGAAGAUGCAGGAGAAUUCAAAAAGGCUAGCGAAGAAGAAAUACAAAGACGCGUACGAAAAAUUGCAAAACGGCGAAUUGUUAACAAUGAUUCAGAAACUCCAGCAGCUAAUCCUUUUGUAGGAUUCGGGGGUUUUAAGACAAAUUCUGGUCUCGUCACAUCCACACCAGCAACAACUUUCAGUUUCUUAUCGAAAAUUCCAUCCACAACAAUUACACCGAAAACAAAUGGAGCUGCAGAAACAACAAAAGAAAAAACUUCCUCAAAUACAGAAUAUUUCAGUAAAAUAAAAGCUCUGAAUGUAGCCGUUUCAGAUUGGAUUAAGACACAUGUUGAUGACAACCCUUUGUGUAUAUUGACUCCAGUUUUCAAGGACUACGAAAAAUAUCUCAAAGAAUUUGAAGACUUGAAGAAAUUUUCAAAACAACCUGAAGUUAUAACACAAGGUACAAUGAAAGAAAAGGAAUCAGCAGCUUUAAUUCCAACAUCAUCGUUUUCUUUUGGUAAACCAUCAGUUCCUGCUAGUUCCACAUCAACAAGUACCAAUUCCAGUGUCUUCACUGACUUUAAAUUUGGAGGUGAUGCACAAAAGGCUUCCCCUCUAGCUCAUUUACCGAAACCCAUUACAGGCACUCCAGAGAACAAAGGUGGCUUCUUUGGAUCGAGAAAAUCACUUGAAAGCUCACAACCAUGCACUGCAACAUCAACUUUUUCUUUCGGAUUAAAAAAUCCUUCGGAGACUACAACUCCACUCUUUGGAGGACUUUCAAAAGCUUCUGCAACAUUCUCUUUUGGGAAUGUCGUUCAAGCUCCCAAAACUGACGAAGCGUCGAAAGAUUCUAAAGAAGAAGAUGCUGACGAAGAACCUCCAAAAAAUGAAUUCGUGCCUGUUGUUGAAGACGAUAGUCUUUACUCAAAACGCUGCAAAGUUUUUGUUAAAAGUGGAACAGAUUAUGCUGACCGUGGUAUUGGUACCUUGUACAUUAAGAAAAUUGAAGAUUUAAAGAUUCAACUUAUCGUUCGAGCUGACACAAAUCUUGGCAAUAUUCUGCUCAACAUUUUGAUAAUUGAUGGACUUCCUGUAAGUCGUGUUGGAAAGAACAACGUAAUGGUUGUGUGCAUUCCAACUCCAGAGUCGAAACCACCACCAACAUCAGUGUUGCUUCGUGUAAAGACUGAAACUGAAGCUGAUGAGCUUCUCGCAACUAUCAACAAGUACAAGAAGUGA